CGCGAGAGGGUCUGGUACGAGACUACUACUUAUACGAAUCACAUUGGACCUCACAGCUUCAGUUAAAGAAAGUAGGCGGGAUAAUCCCAGAUCUCUCCGCCGUUCGCUCGAGUCUACACGCAUGGCGAUUGCUGCGCUUGCUCAAUUCCAAAGAUCUCCUUCUCUCUGGAUUUUGUCAACAGGCCGCUUCUUUACUCAUUUGUUUGGCAGACAAAACCGAAAGCUCCAAUCUACCGCUCCUGAUGACUGUCCUGUAAACAGUCACAACGAAUGGGACCAUCUGGAAGAGGUUAUUGUCGGACGAGCAGAAGGUGCGUAUAUACCGCCGCAUAGUCUGGAAGUAGAGGCAAUUUGCGACGGUGAAUUGUUGUCAUAUUACGAGAAGCAUGCUGGACAACCGUUUGCUCGUGUAGCUGAAGCAGAAUCAGAGGUUAAGGAAUUCUGUAGGGUGCUCGAACACGAAGGAGUGACUGUCAGGCGACCGGAUGUUCAAGAUCAGUCUUUCGUUUACUCGACACCCGACUUUAGUAGCUCGGGUAUGCACAGUGCCAUUCCUCGGGACAUCAUUCUGACCGUCGGUAACGAACUGAUCGAAUCCCCAAUGGCGUGGAGAAGUCGAUUCUUCGAAUACCGUGGCUACCGCAAUCUCAUGAAAGAAUAUUUUCAAAGAGGAGCAAAGUGGACGACAGCUCCAAAACCGUUCAUGUCUGAUCAACUAUACGACCAAGACUAUGUUGGCACAUCAGCCGAGGAUCGUCGUUCUCUAGUAGCCAAAGGAAAGUUUGUGACAACAGAGUUUGAGCCAUGCUUCGAUGCAGCCGAUUUCAUGAGAUGUGGACGAGAUAUUUUCGCUCAGAGAAGUCACGUAACAAACAAAUUUGGCAUUGAGUGGUUGCGACGCCAUCUUGGUGACGACUACCGCAUCCACGAGGUGUCCUUCGGCGAUCUCAAUCCCAUGCAUAUCGAUGCCACUCUUCUUGCCAUACGUCCAGGUAUUGUGUUGUCGAAUCCCGAGAGACCAUGUCAUCAGAUCGACAUUUUCGAGAAAGCAGGAUGGAAAGUCGUCUCUGUUCCUGCACCGGUUGCCGAUGAUUCCUGGGUGGCAUCAAACUGGAUCUCUAUGAACGUUCUCAUGUUGGAUGAGAAUCGUGUCGUCGUUUCAGCCAAAGAAUAUCCAAUGCACAAGAUGUUUGAAUCUCUCGGUAUCCAGUGCAUCAAAGUCGACUUGAGCGUUGCUAAUGAAAUUGGUGGAAGCUUUCAUUGCUGGACAGCUGAUGUGAAGAGAAAGAGUACACUCGAGUCAUAUUUCUAAACAACUUUAGUCUAACUACAAAUGUUGCGCUUGAUUAUCUAGUGUUCACUGCAGUUAUUGCAUAUUUUAUACUCCUGCUAAAAUUCAUUACUAGAUCCAGCUAGCGGAUGAUGUAAUGUAGCAUCUGUAACGGGACAAAUACUACUCGCAACGCCUUGCCAUAGCUAUUAAUUCGUUUCUGU